CUGUGGGGCCCGACUAGACGUCCCAAAUGCAGAAGACCAGUGACGUUAAUGGAGUAAAGAAUCGGUCCAAGUUCAAGGGAGUUCAGGAUGGCUUUUGACGGACAUCAGAGCACAUUUGCCAAUUCACUGUUUCCCUCAUACCAACGCCAGACCAGUGUAAACAAUGGCAGCGUUGAGUUGCCCUUCGUUGCCAUCCCCAGUGUCUCCCUACAGGAGCAGAACGCAGCGCCCUACCCGCCCUGGUCUCACACAGCUCACGAUGAUCCCUACGGCCUUAUCAACUGUGCCCAGAGCAACAUUAUAAUCAGGAAACCCGCUGAGAGUGCUGACUGUGAAGGGGAGACGGAUCUACAGGGUCUAGUGUCCAAUAUUUUGGAUGAAGCAGAUUCACAGGACAGCUACUACAGUGAAGGGAACCUACCGACAUGUAACCCUGUCUGGUCUCCGAAGACAUUGAGAGAAGAGCUGCUCCAGUAUUUUCAAUCGGAGGCUAAAACGCAGCAUCACCCGACCUUCCCUCCAAACUACAUGUCCCGUGAGACGCUAAGUAAAGCACAGGGACAGCCAGAAGUCAAAGAGUUUCACCAGCAGUCCAACGACCUUUCCACCAAUCAACCGUGGCUUUUGAAUUUGCCCAACGGAGACCAGGACGCCUACGCCCUCCGUCCUCAGAAGCCGCCACCGGGUCUGUCGAUGCCUAACACGGGAAACACCUAUUCGCCACAGGCACCGCGACGCAGGUACGACAACAUGCUAGCAGAGAGAGACAGGGGGAGCAGUCAGCCCGUUAAUAAUUUACCUGACCUCAGUAACGUCUUUAGACCUCAAAGCGAAAUGAACAGCCCGCGCUUUCGUCCUUAUUAUGAAGACCAGUACGUCCAGAGCGUCAGCAACGAGCAGUACGGGCCACAAGACAUCAACCAGCUGGUCAGCAGCUUUCAGUCCUUCAUGGACGGUGAGCACGGCGGCUUACGCGCCGGAGACUUCCCCAACGUCCACAGGCAGACGGCGGGCAUGCCGCAUGAGGACGCCAUGUUUGAGCAAUGGAAGAUCGGCAGUCCCGGCGUGUCAGCGCAAAGCACUCCCGCAAUGCACACCCAAAAACAGCUGGCGGGAGAAUUUGGGAUAGAAAGAAACAGAGAAGCGAGGAGACAAGCGUUUCAGCACGACGCCUUUCAAGACCCGCAAAACACGGAGUACUACCAUUCCCCCAAGCCGUUCACUGCACCUUUACACCAUGCGAAUCAAUACCAGAGCAACAUGACCGUGCACAGAGAGAACGCCUCGCUCCCCCUUAACUCGGGCAUGAGCCAGCAGGGCCUGAUGCAGAGCAAGCCCAGGCCACAGGUGCAGAGGGAGAAGAAGAGGAUGCACAUGUCUGGCUUUCUAGGAGAAGGCUUCUCCGCGAGACCGCCGGCCAACACUAACACGAGAGCCGGAGAUAAGAGACAGGCGCUCUCCCAAAACCUGAACCACGACCACCUGGCGAGCAUGCAGUCUCACAGAUUCGAUGGAGAAAACACACAGCCGCUCAUGCCUUACAUGUACGCCGCGAAUGACCCCAGGAGGUACUCCAACGCCCCCCCCAACUUCAGCUGCAGGUCCACGCUGCCCUAUGGCAUGGACGCCGCGGGCGACGUAAUCUCCGCCAACGAGUCUGCGGUGUUCAACUCCUACGUCGGCAACAUGUUGGCCUGCAGAGGAGAGAGCACUUAUCACGGCAUGGCCUCCGCCGGGACAACGUCCAUGGGGAUGAAUCCAGGAGGAGCGGUGAUCCAGCUCUACUUCUACCUGGACGACUGCGACGAGCAGUUGAGGGUCUUGGAGAAGGACAGGAAGAGGACAGAGGUCAUCCUAACCAAGAUAUUUUAUGGGAAAAGAGCUGCGGCGACGGCCAACACCAACCUGCCCAAAACUCCCCCGAAUCCCACGAGAGUCGACCACCUCCUUGUCAAUCAGAUGAGGGAGCAAGCGAGGGUGGCCAGCCUUCUGGAUAGAAUGGAGAGUCUGUGCAACACUCCCUUCCACGUCAGCAUCCACACGGCACUGAACAGGCACCACAUGGCGCUUGGCGUCUGCCAGGCGAGACGCAAGGAGGAGAUGGCCGGCAUGUCCAAACAGCAGCGGCAGAGAGCUCACUUCUCAGAGGAUAGAGACACGCUGUUGUUGGCUGUCGCACUGAAGGACCUCGCUGCCACCACGAGAAGGGUGCGCAUGGCCCUGUGGUCCACUCUCCAGAUGAUGCUGCUGAAACCCACCGAGAGGCAGGACCACCGCGCGGACAGGGAGGCCCCACCCUAG